AUGAUCUUUCAGGUCCUCCUCACGGCUUCGGCAGCCAUCCUUGCGAUAAAAGCCGUGGUCGCUUUGUUCCAUCAUCUGACAUCUCCUCUCCGCACGAUUCGCGGCCCAUGGCUUGCUAAUUUGACGUCUGGCUGGUAUGCUUGGAAAGUUUGGCAAGGCUCGUUCCAGGAUAUCAAUCGCGAGCUACACGAACAAUACGGCAAUCUGGUCACAGGGCCAAUCGUUCGGUAUGGGCCAAAUCGCUACACUAUCAGCGACCUGAGCCUGGUCAAGGUUAUCUACGGUCUAGGGAAAUCGUUCCCCAAGUCCUCAUGGUAUGUAUCCUGGGCGAGUCCCGGCCAGCACAAUUUAUUUAGCGACCGAUUCGUCCAAAGACAUGCCCACGAUCGCAAGCAGUACCAGGCCACAUACUCCAUGUCUGCUCUGAUCCACUACGAAGUUUUCGUCGACCACUGUGCCAACCUCUUCCAUAUUCGUCUGACCGAGCUGAGUGCAUCUGGCCGCCCCAUAGACAUGCGUCACUGGUUCCAGUGCUACGCUUUCGAUUUGAUUGGUAUGAUCACAUACGGAGAACGCCUAGGGUUUCUCGACAGUGGCAAUGAUAUAGGCAAUGUUAUCAACGCCCUCGAGGAUCACCUCAGUUAUGCUACUCUAACAGGGAUCUUCCCCUGGCUGCAUCAGUAUCUAUACCCGCUUAAGAAUCUUCUUGCCGGUAGCAAAGGUGCUGGAAGAGCAUAUGUGAUCAAUUUCACAAAGGAAAAAAUAAGCGAGAGGAAGGCGAAACCAAAGGCAUUCCCGUUCAAGGACGAAGAAAAUGCCUCUACAACACAGGACUUUCUCAGCAAGUUUUUCAACAAGCACAACACCGAUCCUGAGAACUUUACCCCAUUCCAUAUACUUUCCGGUUGCGUGUCGAACAUGGUUGCCGGAUCCGACACCACUGCUAUCAGUCUCUCAGCUACCUUGUAUUACCUUUUAAAGAACCCGAGGAGUCUGGCCACCCUACGAGAGGAGGUUGACGAUUUCACCGCUAAAGGCCAGCUGUCCAAGAAUCCUUCCUAUAAGGAGAGCCAGGAGAUGCUAUACCUGCAAGCAGUCAUCAAGGAGGCAUUACGACUACAUCCUGCUACUGGCUUGCCGCUGGAACGAGAAGUCCCCAAAGGCGGUGCGACAAUUGGAGGCUACUUCUUCCCAGAGGGGACCAUCGUCAGUGUCAAUACGUGGGUUGCGCAUCGAGAUCGUGAGAUCUUUGGACAAGACGCCAACGAGUUCUCACCUGAAAGGUGGCUACAAGAUGAUGUAGAUAAGGUGUCAUUGAUGAAUCGCUUCUGGAUGCCGUUCGGUCUUGGUUCUCGGACGUGCAUCGGCCGCCAUAUAUCUAUGCUUGAGAUGUGCAAGCUUCUACCAGUACUCGUUCGAGAUUUUGACUUUACUCUUAACCAAGAUUUACAGGAGGGAGAGUGGCGCACACAAACCUACUGGUUCGUCAAGCCUCUAGACUUUCAAGUCUACUUGAAGCCGAGGGAGAUUAUCUCCACCUCUUAA